CACCUCCCCGGUGCCGGCUGUGCCAGGAGGGCAGAACGCGCCCUGGCCCCACCCGUCGGGUCUGAGAAGUGUUCUCCAAGUUCCCCAACAGCUCGCGUGAUCUGAGGCAAUGUAUAGUUAAGAUCAGAUAUUGCCUCCCUGAGGUAUUGCUUGCAGAGAUACGGCAUUCUGUGUUAAAAACAUGUGCUGUCUGUAUGUCCUAGAGCAGUCAUUCUCUUUUUGAUGUCACCAAACACUUCAGACACAUUAGUUGUGUUUCUCAUUUUGACUGAAUAUUCAACCUCCUUCUUCCUAGGCCACUGCUCCUCUUUAACUCCAUUAUUUUCUCACACUUCUUGACUAAUAUCACUAGGCUUUGAACACAUCCAGGAGAUAUGUGUGCCCUGAGGCAGUUAAUUUGAGCUUACUGAAGAAGUCUUGCUUAGUUAAGCUACUGCUUUAUACAUACUUGAAAGCAGUCUGUAGGGCAGUAUAUACAUUUGCUUGGUUUUGGUUUUUUUCGCAGUGGAGCUUGUGAAAGGAAAUCCAGAUGUUCAGGCAGGCUUAGCUGUCAAUUAGUAAUUUGCUGUAGUCUCUUAACAGCCUAUAGCCCUGAGAAAGUUAGAAGCUACUGAACAAAAUCAUACCUCACAGUCCUAGUGGUGUCCUCAGAACAUAACGAAAUAGUGCACAAGUGAAAAAGGAAAUCAAACAACAAAUGGUUGCUUUUUUUCUUUCUUUUCUUCUUCUUCCUAUUUAAACCACUCAAAUAAAUGGAAGUGCAUGCGCAGUAGAACUGCUAGCUCUUUCCUAGCAUGGAGCUUGGCUGUUCAGGAUUGCCACCAUUAUCCCAUUUGCCAUUAUCCCAUAUUUCUUUUUCAAGCAUUUAUCCCAUUAAGAUAAUGACUCCUGCAUCUCAUCUGCCUGGCUUGACCCACUCUAAUGCCUCAGCAUCUGUCUGGAUUGGAGAUUGUUCGAGAUUUAUGUGAAGGGAACCUGGAGGGCGGAGAAAUUGGCUCAACAGAAAUAACUUUCACUCCUGGGAAGAUCAAAGGUGGAACCCACAUAGCAGAUACCAAAACAGCGGGGAGCGUGUGUCUGCUGAUGCAGGUAGCAAUGCCCUGUGUGCUGUUUGCUGCUUCCCCAUCAGAACUGCAUUUUAAAGGUGGGACAAACGCUGAGAUGGCUCCUCAGAUAGACUACACAAUCAUGGUUUUCAAGCCAAUAGUUGAAAAGUUUAAUUUCACAUUUAAUUGUGACGUAAAAAAGAGGGGCUACUAUCCUCAGGGAGGUGGUGAAGUUGUAGUCCAGAUGUCACCAGUCAAAGAGUUAAGUCCAAUAGACUUAACAGAACGUGGCACCGUGACAAAGAUAUAUGGAAGAGCAUUUGUUGCUGGAGCACUGCCUAUAAAACUGGCAAAAGAUAUGUCAGCAGCAGCAGUGAGAUGCAUCAGAAAAGAAAUCAGAGAUCUUUACAUUAACAUUCAGACUGUUCGAGAACCUGAUGAUCAAGCCUUUGGGACGGGAAGUGGAAUAAUCAUUGUUGCAGAGACUUCAACAGGUUGUUUGUUAGCUGGGUCAUCACUUGGCAGGAGAGGAAAAAAUUCUGACAAGGUUGGCAUUGAAGCAGCUGAGAUACUGCUUAAGAAUCUUAAACAUGGUGGAGCUGUGGAUGAUUCUUUACAAGACCAACUGAUCAUUUUUAUGGCAUUAGCAAAGGGAGUGUCUAAAGUGAAAAGUGGACCAGUUACACUUCAUACUCAAACUGCAAUACACUUUGCAGAACAGCUAACAAAGGCCAAAUUUACUGUGACAAAAUCAGAAGAGGAAGAUCCCAGUAAAGAUACCUACAUCAUUGAAUGCCAAGGAAUGGGGCUGAUAAACUCAAACUUAUAGAGUCUAAAAAGAAACAAGAGGAAAGAAGGAAGAUGCAAAAGCAAAAUAAACUCAACAUACCUCAGCAAUGCAUUGCACUAUAGUUCAGUGGACAUAUAACAUGUGAACAGUAGGAUCCUUCUAUCACAUCCAACCAAUUUGAUUUAACUUCAAGGAUGAUAGCAAGUUUUCCCUUGCUGUGCUGAGCAAAUCUGCGGUGUGAGAAAUGGAAACUUCUUUUUUACUAUUAUCAAUGAGUACAGACAGGACAGCAAACAGAAUAUAGUGUAUGUAUUUGGGCAGCUGAGUGCAUCACUUAGAAACUUCAAGAAUUCAGGUUCACCAAAAUAGAGAAUAACUAUUUCAGUUUUGAGAAAAUACACAGAUGAUGUAUCCUUUCCCCUUUAAAAUGUGUAUGCUUUAUUCUUUUGGAUCCUUUAUGUUAGGUAUGUGGAAUAAGGGGCACUAUCAAAUCUGUAGCUCUGUUCUCAACUAUUUUGCUUAAAUUGUGUAUGAGAAAAUAAUAAAGGAGUAGCAGCACAUGAAA